AGCAUUACUAUUUAUGAGCAUCCAACCAAUAAAGAAUCUCACAUUUCAGAGCUUAUAUUGCUGGUGAAAGAAGACGAAACAGUGAAAAAACAAAAACAAUUUCCCUUCAAAAUGGCAAAAUCCCUUUUCCUCUUCUUCCUCUUUUCCAUCAUUUUCCCACUUGUUUUCCUUCAAACCCAUUUCUCAUUUUGCGAUGCGAUUCUUGAUCUCAGAUCUUUUAAGGGUAGUGAAAUGGAGGUAAUGGCAAAAGGGGUUUGCAAUCAGAAGAUCGGUGAGUGUUUGACUGACCCAGAAAUGGAAUCAGAAAUCAGUAGAAGAGUUCUGAUGAUGCAGAAGAAGUAUAUAAGCUAUGAUACACUUAGAAGGGACAUGGUUCCUUGUUCAAGACCAGGUGUUUCGUAUUAUGAAUGUCAUCCUGGUCCAGCAAAUUCUUAUGACAGAGGCUGUGAAGUCAUUACUAGAUGUGCCAGAGAUGUUCAUGACAUAAACACUUGAUGAUGAUAAUGAUGAUGGAUGGAUGGAUGGAAUGCCACUGGUAAGCCUCAGUUGCUCCCAAAUGUACCUCUGUCCAUUUCUGUGUCAUCUUCUUCCACCUCUCCUGGAUGCAUGCUCUGCUACCCCACUUGUAAGGAUACUUCUUACUAUAUUCUAUAAUUAACUUUGAAGAACAUGAUGACUAGGGAAAACUACCCAGCCGAUUUGUGAGGGUUAGUAAUCUCUUCCACAAGAACUAUAUUGAGGGUGUUUGGAGCAUUGCCUAUCCUAAAACUACAAUAAUUAGAGGCCUUAAACAGAGUAUUUUUCAUUGCAAUGCUUAAGAAAAUAUAGGAUUAAAGAUUUAUCUGACAAAGAUAGUAACAUUUUUAGUACACCACUGGAAUGCAAGUAGAAUGUUUGAACUUACGAUCUAUAAUUCUAUGAACUCAAGGUUCAUUUGUUUUCACUAUUUUCAAUCAUGAGCACUGUUUGGUCCUUUUAAUAUAGGUUUUUUGUAUUUUGCCAGUGAAAAUUGGUUUCUCACUUGUGCAUUUUUUUUCACAUUUCUUUUAAAUGUCUAGUAUAAAAUGUUGAAUUAAAACUAGAAACCAUAUGGUUAUGCCCAAAUUGCUCUUUACCAUUUUACAUACAAAAUUUGAAUUUCAUUUCUCAACCCCAAUUUUGGAAGGGUGGAUUCUGAACUCUGUAAGUCACUUGUGGAGAAACGUAUUGUUCUUACUAGAGUAGCUCUUAAACCUUCAGUGGUCAUUAUAACUGUGGUAUAAUGACCAAACCUUAAAAUGUAGAAGAAAUUUCAUUAAUUUCACAACAUUGACUAAAUUUGAUAUGAAUCCUAAAGUAUAGGUGAACUAAAUUGUUGUUUAUCAACAUUUAUAGACUAAACUAUUACUUACAUUUAAGUAUAUGGGGAGAUCAAAACUGUAAUUUAACCCUUUUUCAACUAUCUAUUGUUUAUGCUUUACAUUAACUCGUAUAUUUUUGCAUCUUGAUGAUUGUUAUUCUAAAUGGUACUGCUCUCCAACAUAUCUAAUUGAUUCUGAGAAU